UUUCCAAACAAUAGAUUGUCUUCAUUGGGUGGUGCUAGUGAGUCCGUCAACAAAGGUAGUUCCACUAAUUGUGCCCUUGGGAAUGUGAUGAAAAUGGAAGACGAAAAUAAUGUUGACGAUGACGACGACGAUGACGACGACGAUGAUGAUGACGUUGUUGAUGAAUCGUAUGAAGAUAUUGAUUUUGGUCUAGGUUCUGCAUUAACUAAAACAGCAGCAGGAACAACAAAGAAAAUUACAAAACAAGCUCGCAGUCGUAAUACUUCAACAAACAUAAAUGUUGUUGGAAAUUCUGUUCAAAUUGAAACACGACAGGAAAAGAAACAUUUAAAGUCAAUGGCCCAACAACAAAAACAACAAGAGCAUGACCACGAUAAUAUGGAUGAUGAUGAAAAACAUGUAGAACAAUUAGUAGAUUCUAAACAAAUGGAGUCUCAUAUUGCUGCUCUGAUUGACAGGCAUCUUGCAUGCAUUUAUCCCGUCUUUACUCAAACAACACGUGCAGUUUUAAUACGUGAGGCACGUGACGUUCUCGUGAAGAUCUAUCCACGGUUGUUUGACAACAUUUGA